AUGCCCUCCAGCAGCUCUCGCCCCCCCGCAUGCCUAGCCCUGGUGGCUUUCUUCUUAGCUCUGUGGUUCCAGCGUUCCCUGUCCUCCCAGGCUGGAGACAGGAGACCCUUGCCUGUAGCCAGAGCUCCAGGUUUGAAGGAAAAGACCCUGAUUCUACUUGAUGUGAGCACCAAGAACCCAGUCAGGACAGUCAAUGAGAACUUCCUCUCUCUGCAGCUGGAUCCGUCCAUCAUUCAUGAUGGCUGGCUCGAUUUCUUAAGUUUUGCGGCUCUGGAUGCGGCUGUCUCCGGCUCCCGGGGUCUGCCCUUGGCCGUGGAGGGGUCUGCAGGCGCGGCAGGUAGCUGGAGGAACCACGUGAAACGCGACUUCCACCUGGAGAGAGCUCAGUCCCAGGAUGGGGUGCCGCAGCCGCUGAGGCCGUCUCGGUUCCAGCCGGUGCCUCCGCGGGCAGGGAGGGAACAGCUUCUCUUAGCCCAGCUUCCUCGGCCAAAGCUCCUUCUGGCGGCGAAGCGCGCCUCUGAGCUCCUCCGAGCGUGGGACAUUGUUCGAAGCGAUGUUGCCUUGGAUAAGCAGAAAGGCUGCAAGAUUGCCCAGCAUCCUGAUGUUAUGCUGGAGCUCCAAAGGGAGAAGGCAGCUCAAAUGCAUCUGGUUCUUCUGAAGGAGCAAUUCUCCAAUACUUACAGUAAUCUCAUAUUAACAGCCAGGUCUCUAGACAAACUUUAUAACUUUGCUGAUUGCUCUGGACUCCACCUGAUAUUUGCUCUAAAUGCACUGCGUCGUAAUCCCAAUAACUCCUGGAACAGUUCUAGUGCCCUGAGUCUGUUGAAGUACAGUGCCAGCAAAAAGUACAACAUUUCUUGGGAACUGGGUAAUGAACCAAAUAACUAUCGAACUAUGCAUGGCCGGGCAGUAAAUGGCAGCCAGUUGGGAAAGGAUUACAUCCAGCUGAAGAGCUUGUUGCAGCCCAUCCGGAUUUACUCCAGAGCCAGCUUGUACGGCCCUAAUAUUGGGCGGCCCAGGAAGAACGUAAUCACCCUCCUUGAUGGAUUCAUGAAGGUGGCAGGAAGCACAGUGGAUGCAGUUACCUGGCAACAUUGCUACAUUGAUGGCCGGGUGGUCAAGGUGAUGGACUUCCUGAAAACUCGCCUGUUAGACACACUCUCUGACCAGAUUAGGAAAAUUCAGAAAGUGGUUAACACAUACACCCCAGGAAAGAAGAUUUGGCUUGAAGGUGUGGUGACCACCUCUGCUGGAGGCACAAACAAUCUGUCUGAUUCUUAUGCUGCAGGAUUCUUAUGGUUGAACACUUUAGGAAUGCUGGCCAAUCGGGGCAUUGAUGUGGUGAUACGGCAUUCAUUUUUUGACCAUGGAUACAAUCACCUUGUGGACCAGAAUUUUAACCCAUUACCAGACUACUGGCUGUCUCUCCUUUACAAGCGCCUGAUUGGCCCCAAAGUCUUGGCCGUGCACGUGGCUGGGCUCCAGCGGAAGCCACGCCCAGGCCGAGUGAUCCGUGACAAACUAAGGAUUUAUGCUCACUGCACAAACCACCACAACCACAAUUAUGUUCGUGGAUCCAUUACACUUUUUAUCAUCAAUCUGCACCGUUCAAGAAAGAAAAUCAAACUGGCUGGAACUCUCAGGGACAAGCUUGUGCACCAGUAUCUGCUGCAGCCCUAUGGACAGGAGGGCCUCAAGUCCAAGUCAGUGCAGCUGAACGGCCAGCCCUUAGUGAUGGUGGACGACGGGACCCUUCCAGAAUUGAAGCCCCGCCCCCUGCGGGCUGGCCGGACACUGGUCAUCCCUCCAGUCACCAUGGGCUUUUAUGUGGUCAAAAACGUCAAUGCUUUGGCCUGCCGCUACCGAUAA